AUGGCUGAAUCUCUGAAAAUGGCCGGCCUCUCCCUUGAGGACUCUCAGCAUGCUCCAAACCACGCCACUGGACGGGCUCCCUAUAUCCCUCCCCAUCUCCGUGGCCAGCAGCAACGCGGUCCCGUCCCCAUGGAUGGUCCCGCGCCGCAAGCUCGUGCUCCCAUGCCCUCUGGUUCCUUUGCUGCAAAUGGUGCUCCCAACAACUGGGCCCCGCGUGGAGCUAAUGUGAACGGUGCUCCUGGCUGGAAUGCUGGCAGCGCACCUCGCUUCGACCCAAAUGCAUACGGCCAUCCUGGUCCUCGUGGCGGCCAGAACUACGGUGGUGCUGGCAGCGCUCCUAGUGCUGGUGCCGCUCGCGGAUCUGGUGACGGUCAGUGGCGCGAUGGAAAACACGUUCCCGGCCCUGCCAAUGCCCGCCUCGAGCGUGAACUCUUCGGUGUCCCCAACGACCCAACCAAACAGCACACUGGCAUCAAUUUUGCCAACUACGAUGAUAUCCCUGUUGAGGCCUCCGGUCACGACGUUCCAGAGCCAGUGACAACAUUCACAAACCCACCCUUGGACGACCAUUUGAUAUCGAACAUCAAGCUUGCCAGCUACAAAACCCCAACUCCGGUGCAAAAAUACUCCAUUCCGAUCGUCAUGGGUGGUCGCGAUCUGAUGGCCUGUGCUCAGACCGGCUCCGGAAAGACCGGUGGUUUCCUGUUCCCAAUCCUGUCCCAAGCUUUCAAGAAUGGUCCUUCUGCCGUCCCAACCCAGAAUGCCAACCAGUUCAGCUAUGGCCGCCAGCGAAAGGCGUACCCCACUUCUUUGAUCUUGGCCCCAACCCGUGAGUUGGUCUCUCAGAUCUACGACGAAGCCCGCAAGUUUGCUUACCGCUCCUGGGUUCGCCCAUGUGUCGUCUACGGUGGCGCGGACAUUGGAUCCCAGCUUCGCCAGAUUGAACGCGGCUGUGACCUGCUCGUUGCCACUCCUGGGCGUCUCGUGGAUCUAAUUGAGCGUGGACGCAUUUCCCUCUGCAAUAUCAAAUACCUCGUCCUCGAUGAAGCUGAUCGCAUGUUGGACAUGGGUUUCGAGCCACAGAUUCGCCGUAUCGUUGAGGGGGAAGAUAUGCCACCUGUCAAUGGCCGUCAAACACUCAUGUUCUCUGCCACAUUCCCUCGCGACAUCCAGAUGCUCGCCCGUGACUUUUUGAAGGACUAUGUCUUCUUGUCCGUUGGUCGUGUUGGCUCCACUUCGGAGAACAUUACCCAAAAAGUUGAGUACGUCGAGGAUAACGACAAGCGUUCCGUCCUUCUCGACAUUCUUCACACCCAUGGAACCGGCCUGACGCUGAUUUUCGUCGAAACCAAACGCAUGGCCGAUUCGCUUUCCGAGUUCCUUAUCAACCAAAACUUUCCCGCCACUGCCAUCCACGGUGACCGCACUCAACGUGAGCGUGAGCGUGCUCUUGAAUAUUUCCGAAAUGCUCGCUGCCCCAUUCUGGUUGCGACUGCAGUGGCUGCUCGUGGCCUCGAUAUCCCCAACGUUACCCAUGUCGUCAACUACGAUCUGCCAACCGAUAUUGACGAUUACGUGCAUCGUAUCGGUCGUACCGGUCGUGCAGGUAACACCGGCCUGUCCACCGCUUUCUUUAACCGUGGCAACCGAGGUGUCGUCCGUGACUUGAUCGAAUUGCUCAAGGAAGCCCAUCAAGAGGUCCCGGCGUUCUUGGAGAACAUCGCUCGUGAGGGCAGUGGGUAUGGCGGUCGUGGCGGCGGUCGUGGUGGAGGCCGAGGCCGUGGCUCAAACACUCGGGAUAUGCGACGCAUGGGUGGUGGUGCCCCACCAUCGAUGGGCAGUGCUCCUUCCUAUGGUGGCAGUUAUGGCGGUGGUACCAACAACUAUAGCAGCGGCGGUAGCUUUGGCGGCGCUCCAUCAUACGGUGGUGGAUACAGCGGCGGCGGCGGCAGCUAUGGAGGCGGCAGCUACGGCAACCCAUCCGGCCCUACCGGUCCAUCAUCUUGGUGGUAA